CUGGUUAGGUUGAUUCGCUCAGGGACAGCUGUUGAGAGAAACGGUCACGUAGAGCCAAAUAUAUAUAUAUAUUUUUACUUGUUUAGAGACAUAUUUUUUGUAUGUUAAUUUGCCUAUGGUACAACACACACUUGGUCAUUCGGUAGUCAGCUUUUAAAGGGGAUGAAAAGGCUCAAGAGGAAGAAACAAAACGCAGGAGUUGGGGUGGAUGGGAAUGGAUCUAUCACAAGAGAUUGUGGGAGGAAACAGAAGUUGGCAGAGAUCCACCAGGCUUUGAUCAGUGAUCCAGUCGACAUUGAGACCCUAAGGAGAGCAGCAGCCAGCAAGGGAGGCCUUCUCACAGACGAACUAAGGAGGAAAGUCUGGCCCAAGCUACUGAAUAUCAAUGUGUACGAUCUACCACAUAAACCUGGUCGAGAUGUGAGGGAGAACCACAAGGACUACAACCAAGUAGUCCUGGAUGUCAGGAGGUCCACGAAGCGGUUCCCUAAAGGUAUGCCAGCCACAGAGAGAGCUGUGCAUCAGGAGCAUCUCAUUGGCAUCAUACUGGAGGUUUUGAAACGCAACCCUCAGCUCCAUUACUACCAAGGCUACCAUGAUGUGGCCGUCUCUUUGCUGCUGGUAGUUGGGGAGCGGAUGGCCAUCGCCAUGCUGGAGACACUGUCCAAUUAUCAUCUCAGAGAUUUCAUGGAUCCUACUAUGGACAGCACUAAACACAUUUUAAACUACCUGAUGCCCAUAUUGGAACAGGUUGAUACAGAACUACAUGACUUCAUGAUCAGAGCGGAGGUGGGAACCAUAUUUGCACUGUCCUGGCUCAUUACAUGGUACGGCCACGUGCUGUCAGAGUUCAAACACAUCCUGAGACUCUACGACUUCUUCCUGGCCUCACACCCACUGAUGCCCAUCUACCUUGCCGCUACGAUUGUGUUGUACAGAGAGAAGGAGGUGAAGCAGACAGAGUGUGACAUGGCCAUGGUUCACCACCUCCUCUCCCGCAUACCCCAGGAUCUUCCAUACGAACAUCUGAUUGGCCAGGCUCAGGACCUGUUCGAUCAGUACCCUCCAUCUUUACUGGCCAAGCGGGCAGCAUUGCAGUCUCGGAAAAGUCUGUCCAUCAGCACCUUCCAGGCCUUUCAGCUCUCCACCCUUCACCAGAGGCCCGACUCUGUUCUCCAACGCCUCACCAAGGCCCAGGGCUCCACCACCUCCAGACAUGGCCUGGCAGCAGCUUUGCCGCGGGACCAAGGCCAGCCGUGGGGGAAGGCGAGCAGGAUGGUGAAGAUGGCAGUGUGGGGGCUAUCUGCUACGCUAGGGGCGGCCGUGUUCGCUGUGGCUCAGACGGCUAUGGACUGGGGACCUGAGAUGUUACUACAACUGUUCUGAUGUGGCGGUGGGGAUUUAGACUGAGAGACACACACACUGACACAUGGUGACAGCAGACACACAUCUGCUCUUCAGUUGGAAUAACAAUAAACAAACAUACAUGCACAAAAAAAGAUGCUGAAGACUUGAAGCCACUUGUUGAAGCAGGAGGAGGUCAGUUACCCGGUGCCAAACAGGUUGUUGUUAAUCAACCAUGAUGAACAUAUGUUAACCACUAUCCAGCCUCAGGAUGUCUGUGCAUAUGUGUGCGUGCAGAUGUAUGUGUGUUGUAUGUUUCUGAGCAACAUGUCAGAUAUACCACAUGUGAACAGUGAUGGAUAACUGAACAGGCCUAAUGUUUUUUGAUUGAAACUACGCUUGGGCCCCUGGGCCAGAGCCUCUGUGUGAAGUGACAGUAAACAUUUCUUUUUGAAAAGUCAAUCAAAUGACCACAAAAAGAGACAGUGCCCCAAACGACCACAAAGAAAUGCAAAACUACUCAAAAGAGAGGCAAAGCAGCUACAAAGAAAUGCAGAUCAACCACAAAGAGACACAAAAGACCAGAGACACGCAAAAUUACCAGAGACAUGCAAAACGACCAAAAAGAGACUCAAAACAACCAAAAAGAAAAGCAAAACAACCACACAAAGAAACUCAAAACAUCUACUAAAGACACAGAACAACCACAAAUAGACACAGAACAACCACAAAUAGACACAGAACAACCACAAUAGACACAAAACGACCACAAAGAGAAUCAAAAUGAUUACAAAAAGAUGCACAAUUACCAAAAAGGGUUGCAAAUUGACUACAAAGAGAUGUAAAGCAACCAGAGACACGCAGAACAACCACAGACACCCAGAACUACAACAAAAAGAUACAAAAUGUUGCUUUGUGUCUAUUUCUGUCUGGGCCUCUUGCUCCUAUGUAGGAGGGAUGGGGUGCAUUUACAUGUUUGUGCCCAGGAGCCCAUUGUCUCACAAUCCGCCAGUGCAUAUGAGACACUAACACACCUUUGCUUUCUCAGGCUGUUGCUCACACGCCAUUGGUGGAACAUUUUACAUGUGUCUCGGUGUGUUUCCUGUUAGCUGAUUUAUUUUGCUGAUAACUUGUUUUUAGCAUGUCAUGCUUGUUUUGUUGCAAUUCUGUUGAUGGCGUUUUAAUGCGCUUGUUGGAUCAGCAGCCAUAUCUGAGAGCCAAAAUGCCUGAAGCCAGCACAAUGACACAUGAAUACAAAUUAUUAAAGACCGGUGUUUUCCGCU